GGGGGGCAGCAUGGACCAGGAUUGCUGAUAACCUGGUUCAACGUGGUCUUGUGAAAGCUACUCAAAGAUCUGUUCGCAAUCUGUUUAAUUCUUUGAUGGAGGAGUACCAUGCUAGAGAAAGAAGAAAAGACGGCAAGUGGGGUUCAGGUAAAGUUUGAUGAAUCAUAUCAAGCUCUAACAGGGAUAGAUGAGUGAAUGUCAGAGUGGGAGGAAAAAUCACAGGAAAAAGAAACAACAGAAAAAGAGACUGCUGAGGAUAUGAGGAGGAAGGCUGUGGAAAGGUUGAGCAGUACAAAGAAAAGAAAGAGAGAUGGUGUUGCAGGUGAAGGUGACAAUAAUUCUGAUGAUGGGGCAUCGCCAAUUAAGAAGAAAUCAAGUCACACCAAUUUGGUUUCAAUGCUGCAAGCCUCCAUUGCAAUGAAAAAAAAUGAGCAAGAAGAACAUCGGCAGUUUCACAACAGAGAGUUGGAGCUGAGAGCUGCUGUAAUACAGCAACAGCAGCAAUUCCAGACAAUGCUGCUUCAUCAGCAACAGCAAUAUCAACAACAGCAAGAAGCCUUGAAUAUGGCUAUUUUGAAUACUGUGAAUGAACUUUUAAAACGUAUCAAGAACCCCUAAAAACUGACAUUGCCUGAAAGUUAAUUUUUUUCAGGAAUUUUAAUGAUAAACGGUGUAUGUUAUUCAAUUAAAUUUGACAUGUUAACAUGUUAGGGUUUUAAUCCAAUGUUGAAUUUG